CGGAUCGCUAUUUUCGGCUGCGAACCGAUAUGGAUAAAGGGACCCCACAGAGCCGGCACUGUGCCACUCGCCGCUCUCGGUCUCUUGCACGACGUACGCCCUAAGCGACUGUUGCCGAUCUUUCGAGUAAUUAGCGAACGAAACUAACAUUAAAUAACCAACCAAGAUGUGUGAUGACGAUGUUGCGGCACUAGUCGUGGACAAUGGGUCCGGUAUGUGCAAGGCGGGAUUCGCUGGAGACGACGCACCGCGUGCUGUCUUCCCCAGCAUUGUUGGCCGUCCACGUCACCAGGGCGUGAUGGUCGGUAUGGGUCAAAAAGACAGCUACGUAGGGGACGAGGCUCAAAGUAAAAGAGGUAUACUCACUUUAAAGUAUCCUAUAGAGCACGGUAUCAUCACCAACUGGGACGACAUGGAGAAAAUAUGGCAUCACACCUUCUACAACGAAUUACGAGUUGCCCCCGAGGAGCACCCCGUCCUACUCACCGAGGCCCCAUUGAAUCCGAAAGCUAACCGCGAAAAGAUGACCCAGAUCAUGUUCGAAACCUUCAACAGUCCGGCCAUGUACGUGGCCAUCCAGGCCGUGCUGUCCCUGUACGCUUCAGGUCGUACCACCGGCAUCGUCCUGGACUCCGGGGACGGCGUCUCCCACACCGUGCCCAUCUACGAAGGUUACGCCCUUCCUCACGCCAUCCUCCGUCUCGACCUGGCCGGCCGCGACUUGACCGACUACCUCAUGAAGAUCCUCACCGAGAGAGGCUACAGCUUCACCACCACGGCCGAGCGAGAAAUCGUGCGCGACAUCAAAGAGAAACUUUGCUACGUCGCCCUGGACUUCGAGCAGGAGAUGGCCACCGCGGCCGCGAGCACCUCCCUCGAGAAGAGCUACGAGCUGCCCGACGGACAGGUCAUCACCAUCGGUAACGAGAGGUUCCGCUGCCCCGAGGCUCUGUUCCAACCGUCCUUCCUGGGUAUGGAGUCGUGCGGCAUCCACGAGACCGUGUACAACUCCAUCAUGAAGUGCGACGUCGACAUCCGCAAGGAUCUGUACGCCAACACCGUGCUGUCCGGUGGAACCACCAUGUAUCCGGGUAUAGCCGAUCGUAUGCAGAAGGAGAUCACCGCUCUGGCCCCGUCCACCAUCAAGAUCAAGAUCAUCGCUCCCCCGGAGAGGAAGUACUCGGUGUGGAUCGGUGGAUCCAUCCUGGCUUCCCUGUCCACGUUCCAACAGAUGUGGAUCUCGAAACAGGAGUACGACGAGUCCGGCCCCGGCAUCGUACACCGCAAGUGCUUCUAAGGUGUUGCAUUCGACGCAAGGGUUCAUUGAUUUUCACCUGCUUUCUUUUCUUUUUUUCUAUUCAUGGUAAACGCGUUCCGUGGCCCCCUUAUAAAUAUGAAUAUAUGAAUUGUAGGGGAAGAAAAAAGAGAGAAGAAGGUAGAAUGGGGGGAGGGUGGAAGAAGUAAGGUUUUGGGAAAGAGAAAUUAACUUAACUAAAAGUGCCUUUAUUCAACACAUUUAUCAGACUGUAAUUUACUUUUUAGUUUGUACAACACGACUGUUUGUUAUUGACGUUAAUUAAUUUAUUGAUAAUAAUUUUCCUCCAUCAUUGCAACAACGAGAUUCCUCCUAGAUCUUGUAAACUUGUGUACGUUGAUCCGCAUGUAUCGUACAGACACACGCACACAUACAUACAUAGAUAGAUACACACGCACAGGAUACAAAAGGCUUUCUUGAAAACCGUAAGCGCACGUAAUUUGGCAUUUGCGAUACGCACGGGGUGGUAAUCGACGAGAGUGAAGUAUACGAUAUGGAAAACCAUAACCAGGCGCAUCGACGUCGGCUCAUAUUGCUGUCUGGCGUAUUGUUCUUAUUAUAUCAUAUAAUUAAUGAUAAUAAAACUGUAUUAUAUAAUAA